CAAUGGAAAAAAGAAAAGCGGAAAAAUUUAGAAAUUCAGACACAUAGCGUAACCCUGGGUUGAAACGGAGAGAAGUUUGUUGUUGAUUGAGAGGGGGAUAGAUUCCAGAGUCAAAUUGUAGCGAUUUUGUUGAAAACAACUCAAAAUGGUUGAAAACAGAGCUGAGAUUCCUGAGAAAUACGAUUUGAAUGCGAAAUGGGAUGCCUGUGUCGAUUUGAGCGUGCACCGCUUCGUGUACUCGUCAUUCACCGGCGGUUUCGUCGGACUUCUUUUCUUCCUUUAUCGAUCAAUUUCACCAAUCAGUCAGCUAUGUUGAAUGUUGCACUAGGAAGUCCUGUAACACGUUGGGCUUCUGUAGCAUUUGGUGUUGGGGUGGGGAUCGGCUCUGCAUACUCUGAAUGCGCUAAAAAAUUUAAUACAUCUGCACCGAAAUUGACUCCUCUGCCUGAGGCUGGAGAUGAAUAAAGCAACGACAACUUCAGAGCAUGUUUUCAUAGGAUUUCAACUUUCAUUUCCAUAUAUUUGCCUUUUGUCUACUCAGAGAAUGUAUUGCCAGGAUUUCUGCUUAAAUAACAUAGCGAUUUAUUGCAUUGUUUUCAUGAAUGCGAGCUCUUUCUUUUGAAUCUCUGUCCGGGAGAAGCUGAACACAAGACAAAAGAAGAUAAUAAUCAGUAUUGUUUCGAGAUAAUUGAAGAGGACAUGUUUCCUGUCUAUCAAUGCUCUUAUUUCCCUCCUGAGUAUACACUAAAAGAAUUCUCGGUCCGAUGUUCGGAUUGAAUCUCUAAUGAGUUUAUCGGAGAACUUUUUACACAUUUUUUGUCUUUUUUUUUGGGAUCGAUUGGAUUUGACUGAACCAAUCAAAUGCCACUCGUUGUGGGAGAUUGCCUUGCUCCCUAUUCAUGGAUGUUGGCUCGUAUUUUCGAGGUUAAUUUUACUUACCUUUUGGCUCUUCCAUGUUUUGGAUAUAGUUGCUUUGCUAUAGUAUGUUAAUCAUCAAUAACUAGUUCAUUAUAUUUCAAUAAAGAAUAUGUAUACUUUAUUCUCUUUUGAUAGACUCAACCGAAAAUAGUUCAAAUCAAACCUGAUAAGUUAGUAUAACUAAACUGUCUCUAAAUGCUCAAGAACUCUUCCUUCUUUUUUCGUUUUUCUUUUUCACAAAGAUCAAAUCAUAAAUUGAAAAACAAGUUUGUUUCCUCAUCCUAUUCACAACUCAUUAUUGAUUCUUGAGUCGAUUUUUUUUAGUUCUAAUGGUGCAUGGUUUGAUAAAUAUAGGAGAAGAACACACUCCCAGCAGAGAAGAAGGAUGACCAGAAGACUGUUGAUGCCCCCUUGUUAAAGGCUUUGGAGGUGUCCCAGAUUUGAAGGCUUAUUUCGGGGCAAGGUUCUCGUUGAAGGCCGGCAUGAAUUGGCGUUUUAGAGGAGAAGUGCGUUUGAGACAUAGCAGUAUUUUUUAUCUGCUUUUGUAUCCUUUGAACCUAAUCAUGUUAGGGCUUGUAUUGAGAACAAAUAUUUCUCUCUGGUAUAAACGUUAUGAAAGUUUUGCUUGCCA